AUGAGCGCUUUCACUCCAGUCGACAAGCUUCCUGCAAGCAACAAUGUCUCGACCGUGCGUGUCAUCGACUCCACCUCGACGAUUCACUACCCAGCCAAGUAUUUCUUUGAGACGCCCAUAGAAGGUCACGAAGAUCUCAACUGUCCUGCCUUCUCUUUCCUCGUGACGGACUCUAGCGGCAAGAGGAAUGUUCUGUUCGAUCUCGGCAUCCGAAAGGAUUGGGAGACCGGCUUUCCAAAAUUCUUUGUGGACGGCUUGAAGAGCAAAGGUAGCUCCUUAGAGGUCGAACGUGACAUUGCUGAGAUUUUGCAAGACGCUGCGAAGCGAGACGCAUCGCUGCCGUCGCUCGAUCAGAUCGAAAGCAUCAUCUGGUCCCAUCAUCAUUUCGACCACACGGGCAACCCUAAUCUCUUCCCUCCUCACGUAUCGCUCAUCGUUGGACCAGGAUUCAAGUCGGCCAUCCUACCGGGCUAUCCCGCUGAUCCCGAGUCACCCACAGUUUCCGCAAUGUGGGAAGAUCGCGAUCUCAUAGAGCUAGACUUCAACGAUUCCUCUCGCACGCUGCAGAUCGGCCGAUUCCAAGCAUACGAUUACUUUGGCGAUGCUUGCUUCUAUCUGCUCAACACGCCGGGACACGCACCAGGUCACAUCAGCGGCCUGGCGCGCGUCUCGCCCGACACGUUCGUCUUGUUCGGAGGCGAUGCAGCUCAUCAUGCCGGCGAGAUUCGUCCGCACGACGGACAUCCUUUGCCCGCCAACGUGAUCAUACCCUCGAGCCAGAAAUACAGCAAGGGAGCUGGAUGCCCUUGUGAGGUUCUGGAGCGCAUCAAUCCUCAACAGAGCAAGACAAAGCCAUACUACGUGCCGUCCGACGACUUUUGCUCCAAUCGUCAAGAAGCGCUCGACUCGUUGCUUGGUUUGGGCGAGCUAGAUGCGCAGGAUGGUGUCUUCAUCAUCCUAGCUCACGACAGGCUUCUCAAAGAUGCCUUGCCACUGUUUCCCAAGAAGAUCAACGAUUGGAGGAAAGAUGAUCUGGACGCCAAGACUAGAUGGCUAUUUGUCGAUGACUUCGCGGCAGCCGCUGACAAGGCGUAA